AUGGUAAUGGAAAGAGUCCAAGAAGAAGAAGAAGAAGACACAGCCGAACCCAGUACCACCCAAUGCACCCACCACCACCCUCACAAACCCACCACAGAAUCAGGCAUCUGCCCCUUCUGCCUCCAAGAAAAACUCACCAAACUUGUCUCCUCCUCCACCUCUCCUUUCCCCAUUUCCCAAUCUUGCCCCUCACCCCCAUCCCCUAACACUGAGUCCUCCAGAUCUGACUCCAUACCCCCCAAACCCACCCUCUCCACCUCGUCACUCAACAGUUUGAACGUAAUCCACCAUCUUAACUCCACUACUAAUUCCUAUAAUCACGAGUAUAACUCCACUCGGGCAUUUCUUCGAAUACCUUUCGUGCAAACCCAGAAGAAGAAGAAGAAAGACAAGAACAAGGACCAAGAAAAGGACAGUACUAUCUUUUUCAACCGGAGCAAAUCCACCACCACUCCGCGCAGCGGCGGCGGGAGAGAUUUCGACGAAAAUACCCCCAGGAAAAGAGGGUUUUUCAGGUCGUUGGUCUCUCUCUCUAGAAACCCUAGCGCUCGGAAGAUCGAGAGUAGGGACUGGAGAGAGGAAAUUGACGGAGAUACCCCUAGGAAAAGGGAGGAUUUCGCGGCGGUUUUAGUGGAGGAGAAGGAAGGGAGCCCGGAAACGGAGGCGUUUGACCGGAAGGUGUCGAGAUCUAGAUCCGUCGGGUGCGGCGGCGGCAGCAGCCGGAGCUUUUCCGGCGACUUUUUCGACCGGAUCUCGACUGGGUUCGGCGACUGCGCCCUCCGGCGAGCCGAAUCGUACAGAGAAUCCAAGCAGAAAAUCACCGCCGUUCAUCGCCGCCGCGGUUCCGCCGCCGUGGACGGCGGCAGGCGGGGUUAUGUCAACGAGAGAGUGAAGUGUGGUGGGAUUUUUAGUGGGUUCAUGCCCAAUUCCUCAUCCUCUUCGUCGUCUUCUUCUUCUUGCCUGGUUUCAUCUUCGGUUGAAGACGGUGGGGCGGCGGCGGCGGCGGCGGUGGUGAGGCAUGGGAGGAGUAAGAGUUGGGGAUGGGCUUUUGCUAGUCCCCUCAGGGCUUUGAAUAAGCAUCCUUCUAAUGGGAAGAGAGGAAGCUCCAAUAGGAAGAAGAAUACCAGUCCCAUGACUCCCAACAUCCAUGCCAUUCCUUCCAUAUUGGUCUACAGAGGUUAA